GUUUAAUGGGCUUGUUCGAGAAACGCCGCUUCAGGAAGUUCCUAGUGUACGUCGCCAACUUCGAUGAGAACGACCCCCGAACUUUUGAAGGGGUUGAUCCCAAGAAGACCACCAUGCGUGACGUGUACAAGAAGUUUGACCUGGGACAAGAUGUUAUCGACUUCACGGGCCACGCCCUGGCGCUCUACAGGACUGAUGACUAUCUAGAUCAACCCUGCCAAGAAACAAUCAACAGGAUUAAACUCUACAGCGAGUCUCUGGCCAGAUACGGUAAAAGCCCGUACCUGUACCCCCUCUAUGGCCUUGGAGAGCUGCCCCAGGGGUUUGCAAGGUUAAGCGCGAUAUAUGGAGGCACCUACAUGCUGAACAAGCCCAUCGAGGAGAUCGUGAUAGAAAACGGCAAGGUGGUCGGUGUGAAGUCUGAAGGGGAG